AUUUGCUAGCUGCUGCGCACAGAUCGAUGUCGUCCUUCUUGCUCAGCUUCGUCUACCCGCCGCCGCCGUCGGUCUUCGUGACGGCGAUGUCGGCCAUAAGCUUCGCGUCGCUGGCCAACACCGGAGCCGCCGAGGUGAGGGGCCAGCACCUCAACUACUCCAAGUUCUGGAACGCCGUCACCAGCACCCGCAGUAAUGCCGGCAGCCGCCGCCUCCCGAGCCGCGAAGGGAUGCUCCUCCUCUACGCUCCGGCGCUCGUCGCUGCGCUGGCGUCGUUUGCCAUCCCCGGCGCCGUCGUCGGGGAGAGGGCGCGGUGGCUCAGCGCCGCACUGAGCAUCCAUUUCUUCAAGAGGGUGAUGGAGGUCUUAUUCAUUCAUCAGUAUAGCGGCCAUAUGCUCCUCGGCAGUGCUCUCCCAAUAUCCUUCAGCUAUUUCAUCAGCACGGCGACCAUGAUCUACGCGCAGUAUCUCACUCAACCGAUGUCGGAACCCGCGAGCGACUUGAAAUACAUCGGUGUCGCGCUCUUCUUCUUAGGACUCGCGGGCAACUUCUACCACCACUACCUCCUGUCGAAGUUGAGGAAGCAGGGCGAGAAAGAGUACAAAAUCCCGCGGGGCGGGCUCUUCGACCUCGUCGUGUGUCCUCAUUACCUCUUCGAGAUUCUAGGGUUCUUCGGAGUCUCGCUGAUCUCGCAAACGGUGUACGCCUUCUCCUUCACAUUUGGGACCAUGUUUUAUCUGAUAGGGAGGAGCUAUGCAACCAGGAAGUGGUACCUAUCCAAGUUUGACCAGUUCCCUAAACAUGUCAAGGCAUUGAUACCCUAUGUGUUCUAGUGCAUGUCUUACUGCAAUUGUUGUUUACAAUAAAAGAUUGAAGGAUCUUGAAAUUCCAAGCUAAUACUCAAAUUCAAAGUUUGGUGAACUGAGUUUAUAUUUUUAUGUAUAAAUAAUAUAAUACAUUGUUUAAAUCUGCUGUUUGAAUUGA